UAAACGCCAAUCCUAAGGACGACGACGCGAAUCCAAUCAGUAACCGAAACAUAACCAACCAUGACAACCCAGCGCCUCCUCCUCCUCCUCCUCUUCUCAUCCGCAUUCUUCUUCCUCCAUCCAUCCUCUGUCGCCGGAGAAUCCUACGCCCGCGGUCCCGCCGACUCUCCCCUCAACUCCACCGAUUACAUCCGCACGAGCUGCGGCACCACUCUCUAUCCUGACGUCUGCUACUCCUCCCUCUCUCGCUACGCCAAUGCCGUCCAGCAGAAUCCCGGCCAGCUUGCUCGAGUCGCCAUCGCCCUCAGCCUCUCCAAGGCUCACCGAAUGGCCUCCUACAUCUCCAACCUCACUCGCGAUGCCGAAUACGAAGCCAACUCUCGCGCCUCCUCCGCCCUCCAUGACUGCUUCAGCAACGUCGGAGACGCCGUCGACGAAAUCCGCGGCUCUCUCAAGCAGAUGCGGCAGAUUGGGGCCGCCGGCUCCGGCGAGGAGUCGUUCAGGUUCCAGAUGAGUAACGUGCAGACGUGGAUGAGCGCGGCGCUGACGGACGAGGAGACGUGUACGGACGGCUUCGAGGACGUACCGGACAGUCCGGUGAAGGCAGACGUGUGCGAUAAGGUCACGGACUUGAAGAAGUUCACCAGUAACGCCUUAGCGCUGGUAAAUAAUUACGCUAACACGGGAACGCCUUGAAAACGUCGACACAGCCAGAUUUGGCUUCUUCUGUGAGUGAUUAAAAUAGAGGUUACUGCGUCAGUCAAAUGGACUGUUGUGAAUGUGAAUCCUCCUUGUACGUAUAUUUUGGUCUUUCUGUAGCUUUUUCUUUACUAAAACCGAAAAAAUUAAAAUGAAGUGUGUUUGUGUUUGUUAGCCUUUUGGUGGAAUCUGAUCAGAAUAGAAAAUGUGAAAAACAGAAACUCGCUAAAACCAAUAGAAAUAGGGAAAUGGAAAUGCUUGCUUCGAUUC